CUUGAACUUAGGAACAUCUGUUGUCGAUCGCAUUGAUGGGCAGGAUUUCGAAGUCGGACCGCAAGAUGCAUAGACUUGCGAUGGCCAACAGCAAUGUCGCUUCUGAUUCGCACCGAAAGCGCUGAACGGAAAAGACUAGAAUUUCAACAAUGGUCCAAUGCGGAUUCAAUCAGCUGGCACCAGCCCUGUUCUUCAACCUCCGAAUCUUUUCCCUCUACCCCAUUGGCGAGCUGCCUAACGGGCAGAUUUGGUCCAAUGGCAACAGUGUCGGAACGUUGACCUCGGUCGCCGGGUCUGACUUGAGCAUCAAUGCCACAACACUGCACAUGGACGAUUUCACAGUCAUGAACUCCAAGAACGGGCCCUAUGAGCUGAGCGCCCGCGGCAUGCUCAAGACGGACGACGGGCACUUUAUCGGGGUCACGGGCACAGGCCCGCUGUCCAACACGCCCCACGUGCAGGCCAUCAUCGCCAACGAGACGGGCGCCACGCCGACGGCAUGGGGCGAGCUCAAGACCCUGACCGCCUGGAGCUUUCAGGCCUCGGGAAAGUAUGCUGCCUUGACCGAGUCUGUCUUCUUUGCCAAUAUCAGGCUUCUGCCGUCUGACGAUGCCGAGGUUUCGGCAUAUGCCCAGUAUCGACUUAGCAAGGUUCUCGCGGGGCCCGUGUGCGAGUCGGCGGUAGAGGAUGAGCUGUCGGUAGCAGAGAAUGAAUAUACUCUGGGUGAACUGUGAAGGCAUUACUCAUGGAGACAUUUUGUUUCAUGUCACUACCAUGUAUCUGGUUUUCAAGCGC